AGGAAAUACGGCUGUGUUUAAAAGCCCAUGGCAGGCAAGGAGAUAGAUUUUUAUGGGGAGUGGCUUCUGGGAACUGCUCACAGAGAAGAAAGGGCAGAGCCAGGGGCACAGAAAGAGCCAGGAUUGUCUGAAGCUGCUUACAAGCACAGGCAAAAUGAAGGUGACUCUGGUGCACACGCUGUUCAUGAUGUUGCUGCUGCUGCUGGGCCUGGGCCUGGGCCUGGGCCUGGGCCUUCACAUGGCUGCCGCAGUCCUGCAGGGUAGUGAUCAGCCGCUCAGCGAGUUUUGGCCUGGCGACUCCAGGAACGCAGCUGAGGCCACCGCAGAGGGAGAAGGCUCCCGGACCACAGAAGCCCUGGUGCUUGACUACGAGGAAAUGGCGCGAUCUAGCUGGCCAGGGGAGACCGUCCUCAACGAAGACGAAGUUGGGGAAAGCAGGAUGCUGAGGGCCGAGGCCGUCCCUCAGAGCCAACAAGACCACCGCCUUCGGUUUGACUUCAGCGCCAGGGACUGCAACACCAUGAUGGCACCCAAGAUGAAAGGGUAUAACCACAGUUGCAUAAACCAGUACACAUUCAUCCACGAAACCCCAAGCACAGUCAAGGAAGUCUGUGACAGUCCUGAGAUUGCCUGUGACCUCAAGGGGUCCAAAUGUCACAGAAGCUCCCGCCCUUUUGAGCUGACUGUGUGCUUGUUGUCCAAACCAGGCCAAGUCGUUCCGCACUGCCAUUACCUGACGUACAUAACUGAAAAGUUCAUUAUGAUAACGUGCAACGGCUCCACGCAAGUAAAGAUCGGUUGAGGCAACUCCCGCCUUUCCCGUC